AUGCAUUAUAUAAAACCACAACAUAGAGCCAACUUGGAUCUCUACAAAUACAGUGGAGUGGACAAGUCUCUUCUGUCACGAUAUGUUCUUACUCCUUAUUGGAACGGCCUUGUACAACUAUUUCCAUUAUGGAUCGCGCCAAAUGUCAUUACUCUGCUAGGAUUGUUUUGUAUUGCCGUUAAUUUGGCAACCUUACUUUAUUUCACACCGGAUCUAUCUGAACCGUGUCCUUCGUGGGUCUACUAUACGUUUGCAUUAGGAUUAUGGAUAUACGCUUCAUUCGAUGCAAUAGAUGGUAAACAAGCCCGAAGAACGGGAACUUCUGGCCCACUAGGAGAACUAUUCGAUCAUUGUUGUGAUGCGCUUAAUACGACUCUUGGAGUCUUUAUGGUUGGAUCGGCACUGGGAUUACCUCAAUCAUGGUUACUAGCCUUGAGUCAUCUUUUUGCGCUUGUAAAUUUUUAUCUUACUACCUGGGAAGAAUAUCACACGGGAACAUUAUAUCUAAGUUAUUUUAGUGGCCCUGUUGAGGGUCUAAUAAUUCUGUGCAUAGUGUAUAUAACAACUGGUUUCAAAGGGGUUGGAUUCUGGAAUCGAAGUUUGCAUGGCUUUUUAAAAAUUUCCGAUUCGUUUGAACGAACAUUUCCCCAGCUUUCUUUACAAGACGCGUUCAUGUAUUUUGGUGCUGUUGUUUUAGUUAUGAAUAUCAUUGUCAGUUCGUGGAACGUUGUUCGUGCUUGCAAGUCGCAGAAGAAACCAUUGAUCCCAGCGUUAUUGGGGCUAUUCCCAUUUGCGUUUAUGUCCGCCCUUGAAUUUGUAUGGCUGGCAGCCUCACCGCAAAUACUCACUCGACAUCUGAUUGUGUUCCUUCUUUAUAUCGGAAUAUCAUUUGGGUAUCAAGUUGGCUUGAUUAUCACUGCUCAUGUAACUAAAGCACCUUUCCCCUACUGGAACGUGUCAUUUUACCCUCUUCUAUUUGGAGUUGCAAAUGCAUUACUUCGUAAAGUUGGAAUCUCUAUCAUAGAUAAUUAUUAUGAGAUUAUUUAUGUACAUCUAUGUUUGGCGUUCUCAGCAUUAUUGUAUGGGCAUUUCGUUGUUAACGUAAUUAGGGAUAUUUGUGAUUACUUUGACAUUAAUUGCUUUACCAUCAAGCGAAAGAUGAAUGUAUCAACCAAGGUAGGAGAUGGGACCGUACCUGUAUCUGCUACCCCUGACAUACCAAAUGAGUCUAACAAAAAAAGAGAUUAG